AUGGCGCGACGCGACAGUGCCAUCGACGUCGUCAAGGACACCAACGACGACCAUAAGCCGCCAAGACCACGACAAUCGCCGGCAUCGCUGCUAUCACGGCUUCCCGACGAACUGCUGCUGAUCAUCUGGGAAUACUCCGUCAUCUCGCCCGAGCCACUCGACCUCAACUGUCCCUGCGACAGUUCCUUUGGGGGAUGGACAGAAGCCUACUACAACGAACGCGAGGCCUGGGACCUGCGCCAACGCUGUCCGCCCUGGCAGCCCGCUCUCACUCGCGUCUGUCGUAGUAUCCGCGCCGAUGCAUUGCCCAUGUUCUACAAACACAAUGCCUUCCGCGCCGGCUAUUGCUACGAGUGUGAUACGGAGAUCGUCACGGAUUGGUUAAAGGUGAUUGGACAACAGAAUCGGGAAAUGUUGAGGGAAUUUUACUUUGUCGAUGCGAAUCCGAGUCAUGAUCGAUAUAGUCCCAAAUGUUUGAAGAGGGUGCUGAGGGGGGACGUGGUGCGAAGUCUCGGUGGAAGAUUGCAGAGUACGUACACGAGCGAGGCGUGUAGGCAUGAUGUCUCCUUCGUGAGGAGAGAUGGAGAGGAGAUGGAAGGUGUGCAGAGGUUGUUUGAGGAACUGCUGUGGAAAUGA